UGUGUUCGCAAUUAUAAAAUUGAUCUCGUUACGAUAGAAGGGCCUAUUAAACAAGCAUUGGAAAAGUAUUCUAAACUACGACCGAAUGUCAAGGCAAUCUUUGUGGGUACUCGGAGAAAUGAUCCUCACGGAGGUAACCUAUCAAAAUUUAUGCAAACGGACCCAGAUUGGCCACCCUUCAUGCGCGUUCAUCCAAUACUUGAUUGGCGUUACGCUACGAUAUGGGAGUUUUUGCGAACAUUGAAAGUACCUUAUUGCAUUCUAUACGAUAAAGGGUAUACCUCUUUGGGAGGAACCGACAAUACGCGUCCUAAUCCUGAUCUUCGCAAUCCCACACAACCCUGUGGAUAUGAUCCGGCAUGGAAAUUGGUCGAUGAAAACAGAGAAAGAAGUAGUAGAGAAUGA